AACCGGUUAUCAAAUCUCUUUUUCUAUCCAAAUAACAUCCACUUGUACUAAUCUUAUCGACAAACAAACGACCGAUAACAGCCCACGUGUCAUCACGAUACGAUUAUUAUCCUCUCUGAUCCAACGGACCCAAAACAUCUAUCUCUCUUUCUCCCACCCUUUUGUCUCCUCGAUCUAAGAUGGCGGAUUCGGACAACGAUUCAGGAGGACACAAGGACGGCGGGAAUGCUUCGACGCGUGAGCAAGACAGGUUCCUACCGAUCGCAAACGUUAGCAGGAUCAUGAAGAAAGCACUUCCGGCGAACGCAAAAAUCUCCAAGGACGCUAAAGAAACGGUUCAAGAGUGUGUAUCAGAGUUCAUAAGUUUCAUCACCGGUGAGGCUUCCGACAAGUGUCAGAGAGAGAAGAGGAAGACGAUCAACGGAGAUGAUCUUCUCUGGGCGAUGACUACGCUAGGGUUUGAGGACUACGUGGAACCUCUCAAGAUCUAUCUGCAAAAGUAUAGGGAGGUUGAAGGCGAGAAGACGACUACAGCCGGGAGACAAGGCGAUAAGGAAGGUGGAGGAGCUGGUGGAAGUGGAAGCGGAGGAGCUCCGAUGUACGGUGGUGGCAUGGUGACGAUGGGGCAUCAAUUUUCUCAUCAUUUUUCUUAAUUAUUAUUUUUUAAUUGUAAAAUGAUAAAAGCAAACUAUCAUUUGUAUUAAUUAAAUAUAUAUAAGUUUA